AUGGAUCCACGUGAAAAUGACCAGACAGCUGAUGCAAUUAUACCUGAAGACUUGUUUGGAAAAUUUGAGGCGACAACUUCUCAGACCCCCAAGUUCAGCUUUAGAGGACGGCACGCAAUCAGAAGAAAGUGUCCCCCCGCUCCCGCCCGCCGCGGAGCCCCAAAGCGGGAAACGGCGGCGCUGCCUCCCCCCCCGCCACCUCAGCGCACCGACCGGCCCGGCGAGGAGCCCCCUCGGGGCGGGGAGCGCUGUCUAAUUCGACGGCAGCCGCUCCCCGCCAUAAUCAAAGGGCCUGCCCGAUGGCCACUGUGGGGAAUGGGAGUGCGUCAGGUGGUGGGUGCCAAGGUGGAGUCACAGCCUCGUGGGCUGGCUGCGUGCCAUGUCAGAAGCUGGGCCCUGCCAAAAAAGAUGCGCAGGUUCAGGGCAGAAGGUUGGCAUCUUUCGUUGCGAUCAGGACCAGUGCCUCUCUCGGAGGCUGAAUGCAUCCUGCAUGGGAUACGAGCCAUCUGCACAUCCCCAUUUGAAGCUGCAGUCACCAGCAGCAAAGACAGCCAAGCCUCGCCAAGGUUUGCAUCAGGAGAAAUUCUGGAUGAGGCCUCCUGGCAGAUUAAGUGUGGAAGAGUAAAUGAUAUUCAUGUGUCUAAAGCCAGUGUUGGUUUUGAACCACAAACUUUAGGCUUGAAUCGGAUUCAGCAUAAAACUUACAAUGAAUUUAUUAAAUCCUCUGAAGGAGACACUCAAAUCAAACCCUACUUGUAUCAAGCCAUUCUUGUAGAAGAGGAAGAAGAAGAUAUAAAGAGCUACCUAGUGUACAAAAAGCAAGAGGACUCUCAUUUUGAUGCCAAAGAGGGAACUCUUGGAAGAGUCUUUACAGGAUGGGUGCAGCGAUCUUUACAGAGCACCCAGGCAGCUACAGCCUCCCAGAACACCUGUGCUCCUGAUGACAGCAAGGCUACUAGCCCUGUGCCUAAGGACUGUCCUGUUUGCUCAUACAAUGAAUGGGACCCACUGGAAGAGGUCAUUGUGGGAAGAGCUGAAAAUGCGUGUGUCCCACCUUUUUCUGUGGAGGUUAAGGCCAACACAUAUGAAAAGUAUUGGGGAUUUUAUCAGAAAUUUGGAGGUCAGAGCUUCCCCAAAGACCAUGUAAAAAAAGCUAUUGCUGAAAUUGAAGAGAUGUGCAAUAUUUUGGAAAGAGAAGGUGUAAUUGUCAAGAGGCCUGAUCCAAUUGACUGGUCUGUGAAGUAUAAAACACCUGAUUUUGAGUCUACAGGUAUGUAUGCUGCCAUGCCAAGAGACAUCCUGUUGGUGGUGGGAAAUGAAAUUAUUGAAGCGCCUAUGGCUUGGCGUGCUCGGUUCUUUGAGUACAGAGCAUAUAGACGAAUAAUCAAAGAUUAUUUCAACUGUGGUGCUAAGUGGACAACUGCCCCCAAGCCCACAAUGGCAGAUGAACUCUAUGAUCAGGACUAUCCAAUCCGCUCUGUUGAAGACAGGCAUAAACUGGCUGCUCAGGGAAAAUUCGUAACUACUGAAUUUGAGCCAUGCUUUGAUGCUGCUGACUUCAUUAGAGCUGGAAGAGAUAUCUUUGUACAAAGGAGCCAGGUUACAAAUUACAUGGGCAUUGAGUGGAUGAGGCGACACCUUGCACCAGACUACAGAGUGCAUAUAAUAUCCUUUAAGGAUCCUAACCCUAUGCACAUUGAUGCCACGUUUAAUAUCAUUGGACCUGGACUUGUGCUUUCUAACCCAGACCGUCCCUGCCAUCAGAUUGAGCUCUUCAAGAAAGCAGGCUGGACUGUGAUUCGCCCCCCAGUGCCACUCAUCCCAGAUGAUCACCCACUGUGGAUGUCUUCUAAAUGGCUCUCCAUGAACGUCCUAAUGCUGGAUGAGAAACGUGUGAUGGUGGAUGCCAAUGAGACAUCAAUUCAGAAGAUGUUUGAAAAUUUGGGCAUUUCUACAAUUAAAGUGAAUAUUCGCCAUGCCAAUUCAUUGGGAGGUGGCUUCCAUUGCUGGACAUGUGAUAUCCGCCGUCGUGGUACCCUGCAAUCUUAUUUUGACUAA